AUGUCGUACGCACAACCACACCCGCGCUUCUCCGUCCUGUCCUCGUCCUCACUCUCCUCCGCGGACCACACAUAUGUCCAGUCUCCCACCGCGGCGUCCAGCACCACCAGGUUCUCCCUCCCAUCUGUCAAUACCACCCCCGUCAGCACGACCCCGAAACCCCCAGGCGCACGUCCGAGUAUCUAUGACAGGCCGCUGAACAAGACCAGGACCGCCGAGGUCUCUGCAAGUGCCUUUGCGUUCCUUUUCAGCGAGGUCGUCCAGUACACCCAGAAGCGAGUCGCGGGGAUCAAUGACUUGGAGAGAAGGCUGAAUACCCUGGGAUACCGCAUUGGCACUCGUGUCCUCGAACUUAUGGUCUGGCGCACCGAAUCCACCUCCAAAGCGCCCAAGCGAGAAAUCCGCUUCCUCCAAGCCCUCAUGAGCAUCCACACACAAGUCUGGAGGACAUGCUUCGGCAAGCCCGCGGACGGGCUUGAGAAGAGCGUGGAGAACGAUGAUGAGUAUAUGAUAGUGGACAACGACCCGCCCAUCACGCGCAAUAUAUCCGUUCCCCGGGAUCUGUCGUCUCUAAGUUGCUCGUCCUUCACAGCAGGUAUAGUCGAAGCCGUGCUGGACGGGCUAGGCUUCCCUGCCCGUGUAACAGCACACAACACCCCCACAUCACAGUACCCAGGGCGGACCGUCAUCCUCAUAAAAGUAGAAAAGUCCGUGUUGGAACGGGAAGAAGCUCUGAAGUGAUUGUACAUUGUAAUACUACUGUCCAUAUAUUUAUCGCCUCGUUUCGACUGGAUACAUCGCUCUCCAUCUACAUACUUACCAGCAGACUUGACCC